AUGAAUCCCGGGGACGGAGAAGCGGGCCCGGACGGCCUGGCGACGGCAGCUGGUGGUAAAUCAGAGUCUGUUCGGGCGGUCGACGUUCUGACGGUGCUGAGAGAGAAAGUGGCCUUCGUGUCAGGUGGGCGGGACAAACGAGGCGGUCCGAUCCUGACCUUCCCUGCCAGGACCAAUCAUGAUCGAAUAAAACAGGAAGACCUCAGCCGAUUGGUCACUUACCUGUCUACCAUACCCAGCGAGGACGUGCGUGCGCGGGGCUUCACGGUGGUGGUGGACAUGCGCGGCAGCAAGUGGGACAGCGUGAAGCCGGUGCUGCGCACGCUGCAGGAGUCCUUCUCCUCCAGCAUCCACGUGGCCCUGCUCAUCAAACCAGACACCUUCUGGCAGAAACACAAGACCAACCUGGGCAGCGCCAAGCUCAGCUUCGAGACCAACCUGGUGUCGGUGGAGGGCCUGUCCCGGCUGGUCGACCCGUCCCAGCUGACCUCUGACCUGGGCGGCUCUCUGGAGUACGACCAUGUGGAGUGGACGGAGCUGCGCCUGGGGCUGGAGGAGUUUUCGGGGGCGGCGACGCAGCUGCUGGCCCAGCUGGAGCAGCUGGAGGCGGGGCUUAGCCGCGUACCUGAGCCCCAGGACGUGGACGAGGCCCGCAGACUUCUAGAGGAACAUGGCCGACUCCGCACCACGGUUGCCACGGCGCCCGUCGACGCCCUGGACCGUGAGGGGCGGAGCUUGCUCCAGCGCAUGCGACUCGGCCCCUCCCACGGCGACGCCCCCAGCGAGGGCGGCAGUAACCACGGCAGCUGGCUGUCGGGCGGGGCCGACUUCCAGAGCGUGGCGCCCAAGGUGUCGUCGCUGCUGGACCGCCUGCAGGCCGCCAGGACGCACCUGCUGCAGAGCUGGAGCGACAGGAAGCUGCACCUGGACCAGGCGCUGCAGCUGCACCUGUUCGAGCAGGACGCCGCCAAGAUGUCGGAGUGGAUCGCCCACAGUAAGGAGCUGUUUGUCCAGAGUCUGGCUGAGGUCGGCCUGAGCCACCAGCACGCCCUCGACCUCCAGACGCAGCACCAGCACUUCACCGCCAACUGCAUGAACGGCAGUGUGAACGUGGACAGCGUGGUCACUGUGGCGGCGCGGCUGGCGGAGGCGGGGCAUUAUGGGGCGGAGCGUAUCGCCAUGGUGUCGUCACGGUUACAGGAGGACUGGAAGAACCUCACAGCGGCGCUGGAGGAGCGCAGCAACACACUCGCCAUGUCGACCGGCUUCCACCAGGGGGCCGAGCAGUUCCUGCUCAGAGCAGCAGGUUGGGUUCAGGUUUGCUCUGAAGGUUCGUUGCCAACGGCGACGGCAGAUCUGGAAGCUGCCAUCCAGAAACACCAGGAGCUGAAUGAGGAGAUCUCUGCCAGCUACACACAGGUCAGUGAGAGUGGUAAAGCCUUACUGGACGUCCUCCAGCGUUGCCCGGCAACCGAAUCUGAUGAGUCAACGACAAAGCCAGACUUCACCGCCGCCACGCACGGCAUCAUGGGAGUUCUUCACCAAGUCAUGCAGGGUCAUCAUGAGGUUGAGGGGGCGUGGCAGCAUCGGAAGCUCCGCCUCCACCAGCGCCUUCAGCUGUGUGUGUUCCAGCAGGAUGUUAGACAGGUGCUGGACUGGGUGGAGCAGCAUGGUGAAGUCUUCCUGAACAAACACAGUGGAGUGGGGAAGUCUCUGCACCGAGCGCGAGCCCUGCAGAAACGCCAUGAUGACUUCCAGCAGGUCGCCCAGAACACCUACACCAAUGCUGAGAAGCUUCUGGAAGCAGCAGGUCAGCUGGCUCAGUCUGGAGAGUGUGAGGCGGAGGAGAUCUACCAGGCAGCCGGAGACCUGGAGCUCCGCAUGCAGGCGUUCAUUCAGCGGGUGGAGCAGAGGAAGCUGCUGCUGGACCUCGCCGUGUCCUUCUACACACACACCAAGGAGCUGUCGGUGUGGAUGGAGGGGCUGCAGAAGCAGCUGUCGGCGGAGCUGUGUGUGUGUCCCGACACCGUGGAGGCUCUGCAGGCUCUGAUUGGCCAGCAGCAGCAGCAGCAGGCCAACACACAGGAAGCUGCCAUGAGUGUCAUCAGAGAGGGAGAGGACCUCAUCCUGCAGCUCAGGCCCCAGGGCAGCUCGGUGGCCCAUGUGGAGUCGGUGCUGCAGCAGCUGGAGGAGUCGCAGGUCCAGGUGGAGGAGCUGUUCCACCAGAGGAAGAUCAGACUGGACGUUUACCUGCAGCUCCGCAUCCUGCAGCAGUGCACGCUGGAGGUGACCGGGGAGAUGGACGCCUGGAAGCAGGAGCUGCAGAAACAGUCUCAGGAUUUCUCGGCGGAGAAGCUGGCGGCGCCGCGGCUGGCCGAGGCCAACCAGGACAAGCUGGGCCCGGAGAAGCUGGCUCUGGCCCAGGCCCGGCUGGUGGAGGCGAGUCCCGAGGCGCUGACGCUCGCCCAGCAGCGCAUCCACAGGCACAUGGAGAGGAGGCUGGCGAUGAACAACAUGACCUAUGAGGUCAUCCAGCAAGGUCACGACCUUCAGCAGUACAUCACUGAAGUCCAGGCAUCAGGUAUCGAGCUGUCUGAGGCAGAGGGCGGCCUCUCCUCUCAGGUGGAGGAGCUGCAGCGCCUCCUGCAGGAGAAACAGAAGGAGCUGCAGCAGAUUGCAGAUCACACACACACACACCUGGAGCAGAACCUGCAGCUGCGGCACCUGCAGACCCAGGUCAAACAGGUGCUGGGGUGGAUCAGUGAGGGUGAGGUCAUGCUGUCGUCCUGCAUGGUGAACUCCAGCUGUCUGUCAGAGGCCGAGCAGCUGCAGAGGGAGCAUGAGCGCCUCCAGCAGGCCAUCGAGGCUCUCCUGCAUGCUGACUCUCUCCAGAGGACCCACCAGGUGGCGCUGGCGCUGCAGCAGCGAGCGGAGCUGCUGGUCAGGUCGGGGCACUAUGACCCUGAUGCAGUGCGGUCGUGUGCCCAGACGGUGGCGCUGCACUGGCAGACUCUGAUGCUGAGGAUAGAAGAUCGACUCAAACUGGUCAACGCCUCUGCAGCUUUCUACCGCACAUCACAGCAGGUGUGUGGUGUGCUGGAGAGCCUGGAGCAGGAGUACCGCAGGGAGGAGGACUGGUGUGGAGGAGGCGACCGGCAGCCGGAGCAGCUGCUGCCGCUCAUCAACAAACACAUGGAGCAGAAGGAGGCCUUCCUCAAGGCCUGCACUCUGGCCAGGAGGAACGCUGAGGUUUUCCUCAAGUACAUCCACCGCAACAGCGUCACCAUGGCAACCAUUUCCGGGCACAGCGUCACUGUUUCCGGGGUGACCGGGGUCGCCGAGGUCACUGGGCACUCCAGGGUCCCAGAGCAGCAGGUCAAAGGUAUCCUCAGUGAGUUGCUGCAGAGGGAAAACCGAGUUCUUCACUUCUGGACUCUGAAGAAACGUCGCCUGGAUCAGUGCCAGCAGUACCUGAUGUUCCAGAACCAUGCGCAGCAGGCUUUGGAUUGGCUGCAGCAGUCAGGUGACCAUUACCUGGCCACGCACACAUCGCCGGGGGCAACGGUGGCCGAGACGCAGGAACUGCUGAACCAGCACCGAGAGUUCUGUGUUUCUGCCAAGCACACGCAGGAGAAAGUCCAUCUGCUGAUCCAAUUGGCUGAGAGCAUGCUGGCUAAAGGCCACGCCCACCGGGCGGAGCUUCGCCGCUGUGUCUCCGCGGUGGACAAGCGCUACCGCGACUUCACCGUCCGGAUGGGCCAGUACCGCCACCUGCUGGAGACGGCACUGGGGGGCUGUGCACAGGACAACAAGGACCUGGAGCUGGAGCUGAUCCCCAACAGUCUGUCAGACUCCGACCCUGAGGUGAACCUGUCGGACCCGAGCCACCAGGUCAGCGACGAGAAGAGACGCUCCGCCCGCAAGAAGGAGUACAUCAUGGCUGAGCUGCUUCAGACAGAGAGAGUCUAUGUCAGAGAUCUGCAGGAGUGUAUCGAGACGUACCUGUGGGAGAUGACGAGCGGCUCCGAGGACGUUCCUGCCGGCCUGUCCAACAAGGACGACAUCGUGUUCGGGAACAUCCAGGACAUCUACGAGUUCCACAACAGUAUUUUCCUGAAGGAACUUGAAAACUACGAGCAGCUUCCAGAAGACGUCGGACACUGCUUCGUCACCUGGGCUGAUAAGUUCCACAUGUAUGUGACGUACUGCAGGAACAAGCCGGACUCCAGUCUGCUGAUCCAGCAGCAGGGGGCGGGCUUCUUCGAGGAGGUCCAGAGGAGACAUGGUCUGGCGAACUCGAUCUCCUCGGCUCUCAUCAAACCGGUUCAGAGAAUCACCAAAUACCAGCUGCUGCUGAAGGAGCUGCUGGCGUGCUGUGAGGAGGGGAAAGGUGAGAUUAAAGAAGGUCUCGACGUGAUGCUGAGCGUCCCGAAGAGAGCUAACGAUGCUAUGCAUGUUAGCAUGCUGGAAGGGCUGGAGGAGGGGCUGGAGGUGCAGGGGGAGCUCCUCCUGCAGGACUCCUUCCUGGUCUGGGAGCCCAAGUCUCUGAUCAGGAAGGGGCGGGACCGACACCUCUUCCUGUUUGAGCUGUCACUCAUCUUCAGCAAAGAGAUGAAGGACUCGUCUGGACGAACCAAAUACCUUUACAAGAGCAGGCUGAGGACCUCAGAGUUGGGUGUGACAGAGCACAUCGAGGGUGAUCCCUGUAAAUUCGCUCUUUGGGUCGGACGAACUCCGACCUCCGACAACAAGACUGUCCUCAAGGCGUCGUCGUUGGAGCUGAAGCAGGAGUGGGUCCGCAGCGUUCGCCAGGUGAUCCAGGAGAGGCGGGGCCACCUGCGGGGGGCGCUGAGGGAGCCCAUCCCCCUCCCCAAAACACCCAACCCCACCCUGGGCCGCCAGCGCAGCAUCACCCGCAGAGAAACCAGUGAGGAUGCUGACAGUCUGGGUGAUGCCAGCAGCCAACCAGACACCGUCUCCAUCGCCUCCCGAACCUCCCAGAACACCGCUGACAGCGACAAGCUGUCAGGUGGCUGUGAGUUAGUCGUGGUGUUGUUAGAUUUCUCCUCCGGGGCGUCUGGGGAGCUCAGUGUUCGCUGUGGUCAGACGGUGGAGCUGGUGGAGCGUUCUGCAGAUCGGCCCGGGUGGUGCCUGGUCAGAACGACGGAUCAAACGCCCCAACAGGAGGGCUUGCUGCCCAUGAGCGCCCUCUGCCUGUCUCACUCCCACAGUGCGGCCGACAUGGAGGGCCUCCUCCCCGCCUCCACCACCUCCACCACCACCUCCCUGUCCUGCACCUCCUCCACCACCUCGUCCUCCUCCUGCCCCGCCCCCAGCGCCUCCUCCAGCACCCUGCCCGCUGCCAGAGAUUCCAGUCUGUCUGGUUCUGAAGGUUCUCUGCUCCAGACUCAGUCCACCAACCAAGGUGCCACCUCCCCCACGGUGUACGGAGUGGGCGGAGCUCCUGGCGGGGCCGUCGGCUCUCCAGGUCCCAAACGCAGCGGCUCAGGAACCGGAAACACUCUGAAGCGCUGGCUCACCAGUCCCGUCCGGAGGCUCAGUCAGGGCAAAGCUGAUGGACAGAAGAAACCACCAAUCAGAACCAGGAGGCGGGACAACAGGCCCGACACGGCCACGCCCCUCACUGCCAACACACAGACGAGGGGGAGGAGGGAGGAGGCGGGGCAAAGUGGGGGGGAGGAGGAGCCAGAGGAGGAGAACCACACGCCCCUCCCCCCACCCAUGGAGAUCAUCAAGGACCCCAACAACCCCGAGUCUCUGGAUUCAGAUCAGGGCUCUAACGAGUCGGACACGGAGCAGAGGAACAAGGCCAUGAGAGGACGCAUGUUUGUGGUCAACGAGAUGGUCCAAUCAGAGAAGGACUACGUGAAGGACCUGGGUGUCAUCGUGGAGGGCUUCAUGUCCAGGCUGGAGGUCAGAGGGACUCCAGAGGAGAUGAGAGGGAAAGACAAGAUCGUCUUUGGCAACAUCCAGCAGAUCUACGACUGGCACCGCGAUUUCUUCCUGGUAGAGUUGGAGCGAUGUCUGCAGGACCACGACCUGCUGGCCGACCUCUUCAUCAAGCAUGAGCGGCGGCUCCACAUGUACGUGGUCUACUGUCAGAACAAGCCAAAGUCAGAGUUCAUCGUCAUCGAGUACGAGACCUUCUUCGAGGAGAUCCAGCAUGAGAUCAGCUGCAGGAUGUCCAUCAGUGACUAUCUGAUCAAACCCAUUCAGAGAAUCACCAAGUACCAGCUGCUGCUCAAGGACUUCCUGAAGUACACGUCUAAAGCAGGACUGGACUGUGAGGAGAUUGAGAAAGCAGUAGAGCUGAUGUCGUUGGUUCCAAAGCGAUGUAAUGACAUGAUGAACCUGGGACGCCUGCAGGGAUACGAGGGGAAGCUGACGUCUCAGGGGAAGCUGCUGCAGCAGGAGACGUUCUGCGUGUGGGAGCAGGACGGCGGCGUUCUGUCGCGUUCUAAGGAGCGCCGCGUCUUCCUGUUCGAGCAGAUCGUCAUCUUCAGCGAGCUGCUGAGGAAGGGCUCCAGUAGCCCCGCCUACCAGUUCAAGAACAGCAUCAAGGUGAGCUACCUGGCCAUGCAGGACAGUGUGGACGGUGAUCCCUGUAAAUUCGUGCUCUGGUCCCGCGGCUCGGCCGAGCGCUUCACCCUGCAGGCGUCCAGCGCCGGCAUCAAACUCACCUGGGUGGAGAACAUCGCCGCCCUGCUGGACGCUCAGAACAACUUCCUGUCUGCUCUCCAGUCUCCUAUAGAGUACCAGAGGAAAGAGGGCGGGGUCUCUGUGUCACGCCCCCUGUCGUCAGGGCGACCGCCGUCAGCCCCGCCCACCCCCAACGGCCACGGCCCCCAGCCCCCCCCCGACAACGAGCAGGACGACCAGGAGCUGGUGCUGGUGGUGCAGGACUUCGUGGCGGUCCGUGAGGAUGAGAUCUCUGUGUUUCGAGGGGAGAAGGUUCAGAUUCUGGCGUCCAAUCAGCAGGGGCAGAGCCUGGUGUACCGUCCCGCCAACAGCGACUCGCCCGCCGCCGAGGGCUGGGUGUCCCGCAGCGCGCUGGGCACACACUGACACACACACACACACACACACACACACACACACACACUGACACACACACACACUGACAGCAGGGUCAGAGUCUGGUUUACCAACCAGCAAACAGCAUGCUGAAACACACACACACACACACACACACACACACACACACACACACACACAUAAAUGUACAGACACACACAACCACAUAUCCAUUGCUAAUUAAACAUUGAAACACACACACACACACACACACACACACACACACUCCUCUCCCAGCAGCAGGUACUGUCAGUCUCCGCCUCCUUCCUGGUGCUCCAACAUCCAACCAAAACACACUUCCUGUUGCUCCUCCUCUUUUCCCGCCACGCUCCUUCUCCGUCCAAUCAGAACUCGCCACCUGCUCGGCGUCCAGUUUACCAUGCAAACUGUUUCCUAUUGGCCGUGGGGCGUCUCGUGGUCGCAUCAUCAUCAUCAUCAGACAUGCUCCGGGAAGCUGUGGUUGCCAGGCAACAAAAAAACAAACAAACAAACAAACAAACAUGAGACAUGGAAGAGUUCCCUGGAAGAGGCCAACGGAUCUGUCCACCAAUCAGAACUGAGCUCUGCGUGACUCCGCCCCCCCAUCCUGUUGAUAGUGUGUAUAAACAGACUGAUCACACACACACACGCACACCACACACACCACUGCUAUGAUGAAGAUG